AUGCCCCCUACGCAGCCAUCUCAGCAGAGAGGCCAGGAGUUUGUGAUCAUUCUCUCCGAGGAGGAGUAUGCGGAGUUGCAGCGGCGAAAGCGGGAGAGGCGUGCCCCACGGCGCAGAACGGGGGAGUUACAGUAA